AUGGCAAAACGGUCUUAUGAUGAUUUUGAACCUCAAUCAGACGCAGAUAAUAUUGCCAGCACCGAGCCUCUCCCCGUCGCGCAUUUCACGUCCUCCACGCCAUCCUCGUCGAAAAUUCUCCAUCUCGAUUCCGAAUCUCCCUCCAGUAGCGGUGAAGCUCCAACAAUUGAGAUGAAAUGCUCCCUCGCUCCACACAAAGAAAUUCUUUCAUUUCCGUCGAUCGAGGCGUUUGAGAUUCAUUACAAAAAGGCUCACCUCAAUCGAUGUCUUGAGUGCAGGAGAAACUUUCCCACAGAGCACUUUCUGGAUCUUCAUAUUCAGGAAAAUCAUGACGCUAUUGUUGGUGUAAGAAAGGAGAGGGGCGAGAAGACGUUCGCAUGUUUCGUUGAGGAUUGUGAUCGAAUGUGUUCCAAUUGGGAGAAAAGAAGAAUGCAUCUCAUCGAUAAGCAUGCCUUUCCGAAGGAGUACGACUUUGCCAUUGUGAACAAAGGAGUUGACAACCGGAGUUCCAUGCUCAUAUCUGGGAGACAUCGUCGCAGAAGUUCGGCUGCACAAUACAAGAUCGAAGCAGACAAAAAGCACAGCUCAGCUUUAGAGACAAUCACGAGUAUCGCUCCAGACGAGGAGAUGAAUGGAGUGACAACAAAGACCGAGAACCAACAAUCGCCUGCAAAGAAUAAUGACUCGGAAGUCGACAAGCUGGCCAGCGCCAUGUCUUCACUACAAUUUGUCCCUCCGAGUAUCAGGUUUGGUAGAGGUCGAGGUCGGUCCAGGGGAGGAUUUAGUAAGACGUGA